CAAAGCAAUGAAUCUGUCCCAGAUCUCUUGAUUGAAAAGCAAAUAGGGCAAGAAUGUUGCCUCCAAUCCUCAAGCCUGCUGGGCUUCGAAGAGAUUCUGUCACUUAAUGGCCCAAAGCUGAAAGUUGGUCGAAAAGCAAGAGUUAUUGUAGCAGCAGCCGUGAACCCUCGAUUAUUCUACUGUCGACUGUCAUCCAUGAGCAAGGACCUACAAGAAAUGUCAAACAAAUUGGCACUUGCAUGUGAAUCAGACAGUGGUUCCCUAAGCAGUAAACCUCUUGAAAAUCUCGGCUUGCUCUGUGCAGUCAAAGGGAAAGAUGAAAAAUGGCACAGAGGUUUUGUGCAAUGUCUCCCUCUCAACUCUCAGGUCCGAGUUGUGUUCAUCGACAGUGGCUAUUGUGAAUCGGCUAAAGUUGAAAACAUCCUUCAGCUACCAUCAGAAUUCCUCUCAACACCAAUUAUGGCAUUUCCAUGCUCACUUUCAUGCUUCGAAGAACAAUAUGAGACCAUUAAAAACCAACAACUAGA